UUCAUACAUCUUGAAGAGCUUAAUCAACAACAUUUCACAACCAGAUCCAGCUCAGUGUGCUAGUCUCAUACUUUGAUUGAAAAUCUUGAAGUCUCAGAAUCCCCGUCUUAUCUUGAUUUCUGGCAUUUUAUUGUUCAGCGGCCGAAAAGCAUCAGCAUCCUGAGCCAGCUUUCUUAAGCCCAUUCUUCCCAUUCACCACAAGCUGUUCAUCAGCUACAAAUACUCGAAGAUGGCACCUCAAACGCGCAAGAGAAACUACAACCAAAGUACAACAAAAGAUACAUCUGUUGACAAAACGACGUCAGAAGAAAAACGCAAGCUGCCUGUAAGAGCCAAGGACGGUGACUCCAGUGACGGUGCGAAGCCAACUUUAACGGAAUCAAAGGGUACCAAGGUGGUUUUUGGAGAUGAUGACAAUGAUAACUCGGCGCCUGCUCCUAUUGUGGUUUCAAAACCUGCUGUGCCGGUAGAGGAGGAAGACGAGGAAGACGACAGCGACGAUGAAGCGCCCGAGGCCGUAUCAACUUCCAAGGUGGCGUCUGAUAUCAAGAAAUCCAACCAAGCAGCUCAGAAAGCAGCCCAGGAGGAGGCUGCUGCACAGAAGCGCAAGCGUCGGGAACGCGAUGAUUUCUUCAAGCAGCAAGCUGAAGAACGCAAGAAAUUGGAGGAGCAAGAGAAGGCUGAGGGAAAUGAAGAAGUUUCCGUCAAAGAGGAGCCUGCUCAGUCGCUCAUCCAACAAAGCAAAACAGAGAAAGCGGCCAACCUGUUACCCGCCGAGUUUUUGACAGAUUCCAGUGAGGACGAGGCCGACGGGGUUGAUGAUCAACCAGAGGAGCGUCCAAGGAAACGUCGUGUUGCCACUGUGGAAAGAAGCCUUGCCCGUCAGGAAAGGGGACCUAAGGAUGAGCGGGUAGGCUCAACUGUCUACCGCGUUGCCAACAAGACGGAUGAGAGAAUGACACCUAAGUUGAAGAAGCAUGCAAAGAGCUCUAAAGAUAUUCUCUUGAAGAGAAACCGGAGUGUCACGAAGCAACGGUCUGGUUUCUUCGUCAGGUAGAAGAACAACCAAGUGUCAGUUCUUUGCCCAUGUCAGUUCAAUACCAUAAUAUCAUCUAAGAGCUGUUAUGCUCAAAACACUACAAACAUCUUGUUCAGACAGCAAUUCGUUCAGAUAUCCUUGGUAGUAGUUACGACGCGUCCAUCAACAAGAUAAGCUAUAGUUUAGAAACGUAUAGUGAUCUUUACCAUGUCGUGGAGAGUUUUACGUUACAGUUAUAUACAUACUUGAAGACCACUUUGCUCGGCGAAACAGAUAUCCGUACUAUCACCAACAGUUAUUGUCACAAAAUCGAGCCCCAUUCAUCGUGUGAUACCAUUUGCCUUGAAAAGCCUAAUGCCCUGGACCAUGACCAGAGUAUGUAUGAGUCUCAAGACGCGACCUGCAAGCCGAAGCUAGGGCCGCAUCAAACCCAU